AGGGGGCGCCGCGAGUUUCGUGAGGGGCCGUGAGGGGUUUGAGGGGGUCGUGAGGGGCUUUGAGGGGUUUUGAGGGGCUUUAAUGGCCUGUGAAGAGCUCUGAGGUGCCCAGAGAGAUUUAAAAGCUCAGAGGGGAUUUUUAGGGGUCUUGAGGGGCUUUGUGGGAUCCUCAGGGUGGUCUCGGGGGCCGCCGCCAUGGUGGAGAAAGACGAGUCCAGCCCCGGCGGCAUCAGCGAGGAGGAGGCGGCUCAGUACGACCGCCAGAUCCGGCUCUGGGGGCUCGAGGCCCAGAAAAGGUUGCGGGCGUCGCGGGUGCUGCUGGUGGGGCUGCGCGGGCUGGGGGCCGAGGUGGCCAAAAAUCUGAUCCUGGCCGGGGUCAGGGGGCUCACCCUGCUGGACCACCAACAGGUGUCCCCCGAGGAGAGCCGGGCCCAGUUCCUGAUCCCCGCGGGCUCGCAGGGCCGGAACCGCGCCGAGGCCUCUCUGGAGCGGGCGCAGAGCCUGAACCCCAUGGUGGAGGUCAGGGCCGACCCCGAGAGCGUGGACAGCAAACCCCUCGAGUUCUUCACCCAGUUCGACGCGGUGUGCCUGACGGGCUGCUCCCGGGAAUCCCUGCUCAGGAUCAACCACUUCUGCCACCGGAACGGCGUCAAAUUCUUCAGCGGCGACGUCUUCGGCUACCACGGCUUCAUGUUCUGCGACCUGGGCCUGCACGAGUUCGUGGA